CAAACAUUGUUUAUGUUCACUUUUUGAAGGUUCAUCUUAAGAUCUGAAUUGAAUUUACAUCUUGUGUUUUUAUUAAUAUCGUUUUACUGUGAAUUAAUUAUCAACCAUCGAAUUAUUUUUACUUUAAAGUAGAUUAUGAAUUAACUCAAGCAUCUUUUGUUCGUACUUUCAAAGAAGAUUUAAGAGAAAAUCAUUUCCUGAUUUGAUGACGUUUCAGAAGCUUUAAACCAAUGAAUUGAUGCUUUCUAGCUUUGAUUUCUUUCAUUCUUGAUCAUUUUCUCUCUUUAAUACAUUUAUUUAUUCUAUAGAUGUUAUCCUCCAUGUUUGUAACCACAUUUCAAGAUUGUUUAUCUAUUUGUUUCAACAAUAUAAGCUGAUCGCUGGUAAGCAUAAUGAACCAAUAAUAUCAUUUUCAACUCACUGAAUCAAGUCCAUUCUGGAUUGGUCAAGGUUCAGUGCCAAAAGAAGAAGGAUAUAAGAAAAAGAUAAUUGUUAUAAGCAAUAAUAAGCCCGAUCCUCCAAUUACGUGUGAAUAAUUUUUCAUUUGUAUGGGUAUAAUCGUCCAUUAACAAAAUUGAGCCUGAACAAAGCACUAUGCAAGGCGAAGGUAAACCUAUGUUUCUUCGCCACCAUUCUAAGGAAGUCAAAGGGGUUGUAUUUAGUCCAACAGAUAGAUAUCUUUUCACUUCUGGAGGUAAUGAUGGAAAAAUCAACAUAUACCGAGCUCAUAAUAGAGGUUUCCAUAAACAUGAGAUGUCUUUCAAACUCGCUUCACCCACUACAGGUCGCACUAUUACAGGUCUUAAAUUUACUCCUGAUGGAACCAAAAUUUUGGCUUCUUCAACCUCGCAUCGGCUAGCUGUGUUAGAUGUCCACCGAGGUCACCAAAUUCAAAGUUAUGAAAACUGUGUUGGUCAUUGCAGAGGUCGAGCUGCAUUAGCCACUGAUCCUAACAAUCCAAAUAUGGUAGUUUGUUGUGGCCCAAAUGGAAAAAGUCUUAACCUGCUCGACAUCAGGAUGCCUUUGCCAUGUGAAUUUCUUUUCGAUCUCCACACUAGUGUAAUCAGAGAUAUAUGUUUCUUGAACCGUAGUUGGCCAUUUGUAAAAUCCCAUCAAAGUGGACUUGUUUCCCUAUCUGGAGAUGGAGUUUGUAAAACUACAACACUAGAAGGACUUUCUUUGCACACAUUUUCUGUUGGAUAUGAAUCCAAUUCAAUAGCUACAACACCAGAAGACUACGGGUCAUCAAGAAGUAAUGGUUUAAAGAGCCAUAUAGUCAUUGGAGGUGAUACAAUAUCAAGUUAUACACCAGAAAAUGCUGCUAACGAAAAACAUAAAAAAUUUAAUUAUAUCAAUCAUUAUCUCAUCUGGAAACUCAAAUACACAUCUAAUGGAAGUCUUCUCUACUCUGCUUGCGCUGGAGGGAAAGUGAAAAGGUUUCGUCGCAUGCAAAAUGACCAUGAAUACCUUGGUGAUGUUAUGGUUCAUAAAGCAGAUGUUUACGAUAUGGACAUUUCACCUUAUAAUGAAUUUUUGGUCACUGCUUCAAAAGAUCACACCGUCGGUAUCUUGCACUUAGGACCACCUAAUCAUGGUGACAGCUCAUACUAUGAGCUAACAUAACGAUUGAAUCCUUUAGUGAUACAAAUUUAUGCAAUAGAUUACAGUCAGUAGUUUGUGAUUCAAGUUACUUACUAAUCUUCACAACACAAGAUUCACAAUAUUUUUUGAGCAAAUAGUAACUCAAGAAUCUCAACAAUUAAACUAGCUUGAUGAAACUUUUUUUACUGUUAAUCAGAAAUUUGAUCAGCUUUGAUCAUUCUUAUUUUACAUAUCUCGAUACUCUGUGUAUCUUCAUUUUUUUAGAAAACAUUGUUUUCUCGUUAUCAUUAAUUUUUCAAAUCUUUCCUUGUAAGAAAGAACUUAUCAAACCUAAUCAAUCAUGGAGGGCGAAAAAAUUGUUUCAUCAAUCUCUCUUAAUUGCUGAGCCAAUGUUAAAUUUGCAUAGAAAAAAUUGCGAACUUUGUCACAGCUAUUUCUCAUUGAAAAAGUCCAGAGCUAGAAUGCUUAAGUCCACACAAGCAAAAUUUAUAAGACUGUAAAAAUUCAAAAUCGUUCAACUUCUUUAAAGUUGGAUAAAAUUUAAUCAUUUAUCAUAAAUUUUUGAUAAAAAACGAAAAUGAGCUAACAAAUCACUUAAUAAGCAUAUCUUAUUCAGUGAAUUGUUCAUUCGACAGAGAUUACAUUUUUUGUCUUUAUUGAUUUGAGAACUAAAUUGAAUCACUCGAACAUUAUUUAUAGCUCAAUAUUAGCAUUAUUAGAUUAAUAUCCUCUUAUUUUGAUUUGCGCUUCUGGACACAAAUUUAAACUUACUUCAUGGGAAAUGGCUGUUUUGAGUGAAAAAUGCAAAUAAUUUUGAAGACGUAGACUUUCAUCUUACUAAUCAUGAAGUUGAUUGGUAUUUUUUGGCUCUUCCUAAAUAAUGCAAUCAUUUCAAAUAAGUGUUCUGAAUACCUGAUCUAUAUCUACUACUAACUGUAUUUAAGUAGUAUACCAUUGUUUUAUUUUUUGAUAUUAUGAUCAAGUAUGAUGAUUAAUCUAUCUUUUAUGAAAUGAACAAAUUCCAAUCUCAUAAACACAAAUAUUCAAAUUGGAUAAAAACUAUCAUACAAAGUCUUUUUUUCAAAACAAUUUUUUACUUUUUUGAUGUGUUAAUCCAAAGUAACUCAUUGAAUCAAACUCUUCAUUGUAAUAAAUUUUGCUCACCUCUUCAUAAUUCAUAAUAGAUUAGUAAUAUAAAAGUUAAUUAAAAAUCUUGAUG